UCAUGUGUGACCUGUGGGAAAGGUUUUAUUCGAAAACAGGAUGUAACUGAGCACAUGAGGAUUCAUACUGGUGAAAAGCCAUUUUCAUGUGUGACCUGUGGAAAAAGUUUUAGUCAUAAACCGACUUUAACUCAGCACAUGAUGAUUCACACAGGUGAAAAGCCGUUUUCAUGUGUGACCUGUGGAAAAAGUUUUAGGCAUAAAUCGGAUUUAACUCAGCACAUGAUGAUUCACACAGGUGAAAAGCCGUUUUCAUGUGUGACCUGUGGAGAAAAUUUUAGUUAUAAACCGACUUUAACUCGGCACAUGAUGAUUCACACAGGUGAAAAGCCGUUUUCAUGUGUGAACUGUGGAAAAAGUUUUAGGCAUAAAUCGGCUUUAACUCAGCACAUGAUGAUUCACACAGGUGAAAAGCCGUUUUCAUGUGUGACCUGUGGAGAAAAUUUUAGUUAUAAACCGACUUUAACUCGGCACAUGAUGAUUCACACUGGUGAAAAGCCGUUUUCAUGUGUGAACUGUGGAAAAGGUUUUUGUCAAAAACAGCUAUUAACGGAGCACAUGAUGAUUCACACAGGUGAAAAGCCGUUUUCAUGUGUGACCUGUGGAAAACGUUUUAGGCAUAAAUCGGCUAUAACUCAGCACAUGAUGAUUCACACAGGUGAAAAGCCGUUUUCAUGUGUGACCUGUGGAGAACGUUUUAGUCAUAAACCGACUUUAACUCGGCACAUGGUGAUUCACACAGGUGAAAAGCCGUUUUUAUGUGUGAAUUGUGGAAAAAGCUUUUGUCAAAAAACGCAUUUAACUCAGCACAUGAUGAUUCACACAGGUGAAAAGCCGUUUUCAUGUGUGACCUGUGGAAAAAGUUUUAGGCUUAAAUCGGCUUUAACUCAGCACAUGAUGAUUCACACAGGUGAAAAGCCGUUUUCAUGUGUGACCUGUGGAGAAUGUUUUAGUCAUAAACCGACUUUAACUCGUCACAUGAUUCUGCACACAGGUGAAAAGCCGUUUUCAUGUGUGACCUGUGGAGAAAGUUUUAGUCAUAAACCGACUUUAACUCGGCACAUGAUGAUUCACACAGGUGAAAAGCCGUUUACAUGUGUGAAUUGUGGAAAAAGCUUUUGUCAAAAAACACAUUUAACUCAGCACAUGAUGAUUCACACUGGUGAAAAGCCGUUUUCAUGUGUGACCUGUGGAAAAAGUUUCAGUGAAAAACGGAAUUUAAGUAACCACAUGAUGAUUCACACUGGUGAAAAGCCGUUUUCAUGUGUGACCUGUGGAAAAAGUUUCAGUGGAAAACAGAAUUUAAGUAAGCACAUGAUGAUUCACACUGGUGAAAAGCCGUUUUCAUGUGUGACCUGUGGAAAAAGUUUUAGGUAUAAAUCGGCUUUAACUCAGCACAUGAUGAUUCACACAGGUGAAAAGCCGUUUUCAUGUGUGACCUGUGGAAAAAGUUUUUGGCAUAAAUCGGCUUUAACUCAGCAUAUGAUGAUUCACACAGGUGAAAAGCCGUUUUCAUGUGUGACUUGUGGGAAAAGUUUUAAUCGAAAACGUAGUUUAACUGAGCACAUGAUGAAUCACACUGGUGAAAAGCCAUAUUUAUGUGUGACCUGUGGGAAAAGUUUUAUUCAAAAGCUGCAUUUAACUCGGCACAUGAUGAUUCACACUGGUGAAAAGCCAUUUUCAUGUGUGACCUGUGGAAAGAGUUUUCUUCAAAAACAUCAUUUAACUCGGCACAUCAUGAUUCACACGGGUGAAAAGCCGUUUUCAUGUGUGACCUGUGGAAAGAGUUUUUCUCAAAAAGAAGAAUUGAUUCGGCACAUGAUGAUUCACACAGGUGAAAAG